CCGCUGCCCGGGCCGCGCCCCGCGCCCCCGAGCGUCCCGCGCGCCCCGACCCGCGCCCGCCGGCAUGGACGUCCACACCCGCUGGAAAGCGCGCAGCCCGCUCCGUCCGGGCGCCCCGCUGCUCUCCCCGCCGCCGCCGCUGCGGCCACUGCUGCUGCUGCUGCUGCUGUGGGCGCAGCUUCCGAGCCGCGCAGCUCAGCCAGCAGAUCUCCUGAAGGUCCUAGAUUUUCAAAACUUGCCUGACGGAAUAACCAAGACAACAGGUUUUUGCGCAACACGGCGAUCUUCCGAGGACCCGGAUGUGGCUUACAGGGUCACGAAAGACGCCCAGCUCAGCGCGCCCACCAAGCAGCUGUACCCUGCAUCCGCGUUUCCCGAGGACUUCUCCAUUCUAACCACUGUGAAAGCCAAGAAGGGCAGCCAGGCCUUCCUGGUCUCCAUCUACAAUGAGCAGGGCAUUCAGCAGAUCGGCCUGGAGAUGGGCCGCUCUCCGGUCUUCCUGUACGAGGACCACACCGGGAGACCGGGGCCAGAUGAUUACCCCCUCUUCAGGGGCAUCAACCUGUCCGACGGCAAAUGGCACAGAAUCGCGCUCAGCGUCCACAGGAAAAACGUCACCUUGAUCCUGGACUGUCGAAAGAAGGUCACCCAGUUCCUCGACCGCAGCGACCACCCCAUAAUAGACACCAACGGCAUUGUUGUGUUCGGCACCCGGAUCCUGGAUGAGGAUGUGUUUGAGGGUGACAUCCAGCAGCUGCUGUUCGUCUCGGACCCCCGGGCGGCGUACGAUUACUGCGAGCACUACAGUCCUGACUGCGACACAGCCGUCCCCGACACCCCGCAGUCCCAGGACCCCCACCCAGACGAAUACUACCCAGAUGGAGAGGGGGAAGGCGAGACUUACUACUACGAGUACCCCUACUACGAGGACCCCGACAGCCCGGGCAAGGAGCCCACCCCCACCGGGAAGCCGGCGGGAGCCGCUAAGGAGACCACAGAUACUCCCGAGGAGCUGACCCCGCCCCCCACGGCGGCUGCUCCCGUGCCCGAUGCCCAUGAGGGGGCUGGGAAGGAGGAGGACCCCGGCAUCGGGGACUACGACUAUGUGCCCAUCGAGGACUACUACACGCCGCCCCCUUACGAGGACAUCAGCUACGCCGAGGGCGUCGAGGACCCCGACCAGCCCCCCAGCCAUGGCGCCGGGGUGGAGGUCCCCACCAGCACCACCGUCGGCGCCUCCAAUGCCUCCAACCCGGCUCUGCCCCCCGGGGAAGGGAAGGAUGACCUGGAGGGGGAUUUCACUGAAGAAACCGUCAAGAACCUGGACGAGAGCUACUACGACUCCUACUACGACCCCACGGUGUCCCCGUCGGAGAUCGGGCCAGGCAUGCCAGCCAACCAGGACACCAUCUUCGAGGGGAUUGAAGGACCUCGGGGCGAGAAGGGUCAAAAGGGAGAACCUGCCAUCAUUGAACCUGGCAUGCUGUUGGAGGGGCCCCCCGGCCCUGAAGGCCCUGCAGGUCUCCCAGGACCUCCAGGAACGAUGGGUCCCACAGGCCAAGUGGGUGACCCCGGAGAAAGGGGCCCCCCUGGACGCCCAGGCCUUCCUGGGGCCGACGGGCUGCCCGGCCCCCCCGGAACCAUGCUCAUGCUGCCUUUCCGGUUCGGAGGGGGUGGCGAUGCCGGCUCCAAAGGCCCCAUGGUCUCAGCCCAGGAGUCCCAAGCGCAAGCCAUCCUGCAGCAGGCGCGGUUGGCGUUGAGGGGGCCGGCUGGCCCGAUGGGUCUGACGGGGAGACCCGGCCCCAUGGGCCCCCCCGGCAUCGGAGGUUUGAAGGGCGAGUCGGGAGACAUGGGUCCUCAGGGCCCCCGAGGUGUGCAGGGCCCGCCCGGCCCGGCAGGAAAGCCCGGGAGAAGGGGGCGGCCUGGCAGCGACGGAGCGAGAGGGAUGCCUGGGCAGACGGGCCCCAAGGGCGACCGCGGCUUCGACGGCCUGGCAGGACUGCCGGGAGAGAAGGGCCACAGGGGUGACCCUGGUCCCUCUGGCCCGCCGGGCUCUCCUGGAGAAGAUGGAGAAAGGGGUGACGACGGAGAAGUCGGGCCCCGAGGGCUGCCAGGCGAACCCGGGCCGCGCGGUCUGCUGGGGCCGAAGGGUCCCCCAGGCCCCCCCGGACCUCCCGGCGUGACGGGUAUGGACGGCCAGCCGGGCCCAAAAGGGAACGUGGGUCCCCAGGGAGAGCCUGGCCCCCCAGGACAGCAGGGGAACCCGGGUGCCCAGGGUCUUCCCGGCCCCCAGGGUGCCAUUGGUCCUCCAGGAGAGAAGGGCCCCCUGGGAAAGCCAGGCCUCCCAGGAAUGCCCGGCGCUGAUGGACCCCCGGGGCACCCGGGCAAAGAAGGCCCCCCCGGAGAGAAAGGAAGCCAGGGUCCGCCCGGCCCCCAGGGCCCCAUCGGCUACCCCGGUCCUCGAGGAGUUAAGGGGGCGGAUGGCAUCCGUGGCCUGAAGGGCACCAAGGGCGAGAAGGGGGAAGACGGCUUUCCCGGCUUUAAAGGAGACAUGGGCAUCAAGGGGGACCGGGGGGAGAUCGGCCCACCUGGUCCCCGAGGGGAAGAUGGCCCCGAAGGCCCCAAGGGUCGCGGGGGCCCGAACGGCGACCCUGGUCCUCUGGGACCCCCUGGGGAGAAGGGCAAGCUCGGCGUCCCGGGGUUACCGGGCUACCCAGGAAGACAAGGGCCAAAGGGCUCUAUUGGAUUCCCCGGAUUUCCCGGCGCCAACGGCGAGAAGGGUGGCAGGGGCACACCGGGGAAGCCGGGACCACGGGGGCAGCGAGGCCCAACGGGUCCGAGGGGCGAAAGGGGGCCCCGGGGCAUCACCGGGAAGCCUGGCCCCAAGGGCAACUCUGGCGGGGAUGGCCCGGCCGGCCCUCCGGGAGAACGGGGACCCAAUGGACCCCAAGGACCCACCGGGUUUCCUGGACCCAAGGGCCCCCCUGGCCCCCCAGGCAAGGACGGGCUCCCGGGACACCCUGGACAGAGAGGCGAGACCGGUUUCCAAGGCAAGACCGGCCCCCCAGGGCCCCCGGGCGUGGUCGGCCCACAGGGUCCCACCGGAGAAACUGGCCCAAUGGGCGAGCGGGGCCACCCCGGGCCCCCAGGCCCCCCCGGUGAACAGGGGCUCCCAGGCCUGACUGGGAAAGAAGGGACGAAGGGGGACCCAGGCCCCGUCGGCCUCCCUGGGAAAGACGGCCCCCCAGGACUGCGUGGCUUCCCUGGGGACCGGGGGCUGCCUGGCCCAGUGGGAGCAGUCGGGCUGAAAGGCAACGAGGGGCCCCCUGGCCCGCCAGGCCCCGCGGGAUCUCCGGGGGAGAGAGGUCCAGCCGGAGCCGCUGGGCCCAUCGGAAUUCCAGGGAGGCCCGGGCCCCAGGGACCUCCGGGGCCCGCCGGGGAGAAAGGAGCGCCUGGCGAGAAAGGGCCACAAGGCCCAGCUGGCCGCGACGGUCUCCAGGGCCCCGUUGGGCUCCCCGGGCCGGCCGGCCCUGUGGGCCCCCCUGGAGAAGACGGAGAUAAGGGAGAGAUCGGGGAGCCGGGACAGAAGGGGAGCAAGGGGGACAAAGGAGAACAGGGUCCGCCUGGGCCCACGGGUCCUCAGGGCCCCAUCGGACAGCCAGGCCCCUCUGGAGCUGACGGAGAGCCAGGGCCUCGGGGCCAGCAGGGCCUUUUUGGGCAGAAGGGUGACGAAGGUCCAAGAGGUUUUCCUGGGCCCCCUGGACCCGUGGGGCUGCAGGGCCUGCCAGGACCCCCGGGAGAGAAGGGCGAGACGGGAGACGUGGGCCAGAUGGGCCCGCCCGGUCCCCCCGGCCCCCGCGGACCCUCUGGCGCGCCAGGUGCUGACGGGCCUCAAGGUCCCCCCGGUGGAAUAGGCAAUCCUGGUGCAGUGGGAGAGAAGGGCGAGCCUGGCGAGGCUGGCGAGCCUGGUCUUCCUGGAGAAGGGGGCCCCCCGGGACCCAAAGGAGAAAGGGGAGAGAAGGGCGAGGCGGGCCCGUCCGGUGCUGCUGGACCCCCUGGACCCAAGGGCCCCCCCGGAGAUGACGGUCCCAAGGGCAGCCCCGGCCCCGUCGGCUUUCCCGGAGACCCAGGCCCCCCCGGAGAGCCCGGCCCCGCGGGUCAGGAUGGUCCCCCUGGGGACAAAGGGGACGAUGGCGAGCCCGGGCAAACGGGCUCCCCGGGCCCCACUGGAGAACCUGGCCCGUCUGGGCCUCCAGGAAAGAGGGGUCCCCCUGGGCCCGCCGGCCCCGAAGGCAGACAGGGAGAGAAAGGAGCCAAGGGGGAAGCCGGCUUGGAAGGCCCUCCUGGGAAGACUGGCCCCAUCGGCCCCCAGGGGGCCCCUGGGAAACCUGGGCCUGACGGGCUGCGCGGGAUCCCCGGCCCUGUGGGUGAGCAAGGUCUCCCGGGAUCCCCAGGCCCCGAUGGGCCCCCUGGCCCCAUGGGUCCCCCAGGACUCCCCGGCCUCAAAGGAGACUCCGGCCCCAAAGGGGAAAAGGGUCACCCCGGCCUGAUCGGACUCAUCGGCCCUCCCGGGGAGCAAGGCGAAAAGGGCGACCGCGGCCUCCCCGGCCCGCAGGGCUCCUCCGGCCCGAAGGGAGAGCAGGGCAUCCCUGGUCCUUCCGGCCCGAUCGGCCCCCCGGGUCCUCCUGGCUUGCCGGGUCCUCCUGGUCCGAAAGGCGCGAAGGGCUCCUCGGGUCCCACUGGUCCAAAGGGCGAGGCCGGCCACCCCGGCCCCCCCGGCCCGCCGGGCCCACCGGGCGAGGUCAUCCAGCCCCUGCCAAUCCAAGCAUCCAGGACGCGGCGGAACAUCGACGCCAGCCAGCUGAUGGACGAGGCGGAGGGCGAGAGCUACGUGGACUACGCGGACGGCAUGGAGGAGAUCUUCGGCUCGCUCAACUCCCUGAAGCUAGAGAUCGAGCAGAUGAAGCGGCCGCUGGGCACACAGGAGAACCCAGCGCGCACCUGCAAGGACCUGCAGCUCUGCCACCCCGACUUCCCCGACGGUGAAUACUGGGUCGACCCGAACCAAGGCUGCUCCCGGGACUCCUUCAAGGUUUACUGCAACUUCACGGCCGGGGGGGCCACGUGUGUGUUCCCAGACAAGAAGUCCGAGGGGAGUAAGAUGGCCCGCUGGCCCAAAGAGCAGCCUGCCACCUGGUAUAGUCAGUACAAGCGCGGGUCCCUGCUCUCCUACGUGGACGCUGAGGGCAACCCGGUGGGCGUGGUCCAGAUGACCUUCCUGCGCCUGCUGAGUGCCUCCGCCACCCAGAACAUCACCUACAACUGCUACCAGUCAGUCGCCUGGCAGGAUGCCGCCACGGGCCUCUACGACAAGGCCAUCCGCUUCCUGGGCUCCAACGACGAGGAGAUGUCCUACGACAAUAGUCCCUACAUCCACGCCCUGGUGGACGGCUGCGCUACCAGGAAGGGCUACCAGAAGACCGUCCUGGAGAUCGACACGCCCAAGGUGGAGCAAGUGCCCAUCGUGGACAUCAUGUUCAACGACUUCGGGGAAGCGUCACAGAAAUUCGGAUUUGAAGUGGGGCCGGCUUGCUUCCUGGGCUAGGAGCCGCCCCUGGCACCGCGACCAACCUCGUGACCUCAGCACGCGCCUGUGGGUGUCCUGGACAGUGAAGACCCCUCGUCCCGCCCCCGACCUCGUCUGCACCUCGGCACCCCGCCGGGCCGCACCCCAAACCAGAGAGAGCAAAGGGAAAGAGCCGUGUCCCCGCCCCGGAGCCGAAUCACAUGACCUAGACUUCCCGCAGCAGCCGCUGGGCCCCAACGCUGCCCACCCCCCAGCCCCCCGGGGGACGGGGACCGGCCGCGCUUCUUGCCACUGGACGCGCACCGGCCACGCUCGCGGAGGGUGCACAGGGCUGGGGCCGCAGCAUUUGGAGAGAACAUUUGCAAACAUUCAACCCGAAGAUGUGUAUUCCCCCUGACCUUCAAAAAGUGUUCCAAGGCAAGCUGCAGAGGGGCGGCCCGCCCGAGCCUCCGGUCCGGGGACACAGCCCAGCCACCGGCCCCAAGUCGUUGCUCACGUGCCUUUCGAGUGGAGUGAAGGUGCUCUGUCUGUGUGAGUUGUACGUCCAUGUCGUAUCGUCUUGUCCUCAGUGUUCAGUGUCCCUGACUUUCGACCAGGCAGGCGAGCCCCGCGCGGCCCCACUGGGAGCGGGGGCGGGGUGGGAGUCCCCUCUGGCUGCA